AUGCAGCUCUUCCGCUCACCUGCCCCAUGCUCUCCUUCUCGACGGCUUUUUCGUUGCCUACAAACUUUACCUUUACGAUCUUGCUCAUCCACUCCUUCUUCCUCCCCCCACUCCUACUCCUCAUACUCUUACUCCUCCAAUUUCCCUAAAUUAUACACAAUCUCACAAUCUCGCUCAUAUACCAACUCUCCUAACUCUUUAGCUGGAAAUAAUCCCGCAGAAGGCGGAACUGGUAAAAAUGGCAGUAACAACACCAGGAGGCCAAUUGGUAGACUUGAUAUCACCGAUGAAACCACGUACACGCCACAGGAACCAGCUGAAAAUAGCGGCAUAACCACAAGCAAGGACCGCCGCGAGAAUGCCCAGCGCAUGAAUUCAAACAAGACGACAAAACACGGACCUUCUACGUUCGGAAGAAUCGUGAUAUUAAGCGGAGUCGGUAGUACACUACUCGAGAGCGAUAUUCGGCGAAUGGCGCCUACGAAAGCGCACAUUCCCGAAUUCCAAGGCCCAUCAGAAGGCUUCAGCGUGGUACCCUAUCGAUUCCCGAAAAGUCUCGCACGUAAACCUUUUUACAACCUAUUAUUUGAGUCUCCCGAAGCUGCGAGAGAUUUUGUUUACGCUCAGGGCGACUUCUGGUUAUUUGGGCCAAAGUCUACAAUACCUCCAGGACAGACACCUACUAUAACUUUACCCUCCCUAAACACCAAGAAGAUAUUCGACGACUACCGGCUCCUUUCUAGUGUUCUUUCUCGUGGGAGGGUUGGUCAGGACCGGUUGGGAUGUGUACUUCUUACACUCUCCGACAUUGGCGGGAAUACUCGUGAAAGGGGAAAACUUCCCAGAACUGCGGAAAUGAGGGAAUUGCUCGAAAACGACAACGUAAAAUUCUGCAGGGGAGACGAAACACAGGGUGACGCAGGUUUAGAAAGAGUACUCUUUGAGAGAGUUUUGCCGGAUGGGACGGUGGUCGUCGACAGAUUUGACGGAUCAGAAAAUGGGGCGGAAGCAAAGUGGAUAGUUAGGUGUAGAGACGCGGCGGAAGCGCAUAGGGUUGUGAGGAACUGGCACAAGAAAGAGUUCCGGGAAGGUGGUGGGAAAUUUCACGCGGAAAUGAUCUAUUAG